UUUUUCUUGGAAUUAAGCAAGAGGUUAGGUCAGCAAACGGAGUAAUUAAGGAUUUCUUUUUUUUUUUUUUUCAAAAACUUUCUAAUUUUUUUCGUCGUUAAAAAGAGGAAAAAAUUGUCGCGAUUAAGGAAGGUAACUUUUUUACUAUAUUGCAAUAUUGUUUUCAACAGCACUCUAAACCUUGUUCUUUUUAUUUAUUUGUGCUCAUUGCUGAGCAUGGCCUAUUAUCAAACUGCAUCAUCGUCACAAGGAUUUUUUCUUCCCUUCGUUUUAUUCUUCGACACACUGCCUCAAGAUGAAUAGAAGUCACGAUAUUGAAGAAGCUAACGUAUCUGCACUCUAUGAAGCCUCACAUGAAGGGUGUGAAAGCACUUUGAACUCGUUAAUGCAAAGGGACUCUCUCAUUCUUAACAAAAGUUCAUUGACAUCCUUCACCGACACGCCCUUACAUAUAGCAGUUCUGCAUGGUCACCUAGAAUUCACUGCAGCUUUACUCAGGAAGAAACCUAAUCUCGCCGGCCGGAAGGACUCGCGAGGUCGAACUGCCCUUCACUUGGCUUCUGCAGAGGGCCACGCCGAGAUUGUGAGAGAAUUGCUGCAAGCAGAUACAGAUGUUUGCCUUGCUCGUGAUCAAGAUGGGAGAAUUCCUCUCCACUUAGCCGUGAUGAGAGGACACAUAGAGGUAAUACAAAAGUUGCUUAAUUCCAAACCGAACUCGAUCUUGGAGGAUCACGAUGGAGCCAGUGUUUUGCACUUGUGUGUUAAAUAUAACUGUUUGGAUGCUCUGAAACUGCUAGUGGAAUCUGCUGAUGACUAUGGAUAUUCCCUUAAUUCCAAGGACAAUGACGGUAACCUCAUAUUGCAUUUAGCUGUGAUGCUCGGGCAAACGGAGACAAUAAAAUACUUACUUUCAGUAUCCAAAAUCAAAGGAGAGGCCAAUGCCAUAAACAGGAUUGGUAACACCGCUUUGGAUGUCUUACAGUUAGGCCAUAGAGAUUUUAAAUCUCUCAAUAUCCAAGACAUGCUAAUGGCAGCUGGUGUUCGAAGAUCCAAGGAUCUAAAUUCUCUUGAUCUACUAACAACCACACGGCGUCAUGAACGUACUGCAGCACGGUCCAUUAAUAAUGAAGCACAUGAGCCAUCUCCUGCUGCUCAAUCAAGGUUUAAGAAAUGGUGGGCGUACUUCUGUUUGUGCGGAUGGGUUAAGCAUUUUAAGCGUCGGGGUCGAUCAAACUGGGUCGUCGAGACACGUGGCACAUUGAUGUUGGUGGCCACUGUAAUUGCAACCGUAACUUUCCAAGCUGGGAUCAACCCUCCAGGUGGUGUUUGGCAACAAGAUGGUCUACAAAAAAUAAAUGGAAAUGUGAAUUGUACGGCCGGCAAGGCAAUUUUCUCUGAUACCAAACCAGAUAUUUACCGAUUGUUUUUGUCUUCCAACACCACCUCUCUUGUCGCAGCUCUGAGCGUCGUACUUCUGAUCACCCUUGGAAUUCCUAAGAGAAGCCAACUUUUUCUAUGGUUUUUGACAUUAGCCAUGGUUAUUGCAGUCACGUCCAUGCUAUCCACCUAUAUUUUGGCUGUGUAUUUCGUGACCUCGGCAGAUGUUAUAGAUCAAAUCUUGUCCAGCCCGACAACCGUUCCAUUAUUGGUAGCUUUGCUGGUAGUGCUUUUGAUUGCUAGUGUGAUUCUCAUAUAUCGCCUUUUAGCUUGGAUGGUGAAGUUGUUAGUCAAGUGCAUGCGCUGUUUGACAAUGAGUCCAACAAAUUAGAGAAACAUUAAUGUAUGCAAGUUGAUCAAAUGAUCUUGAUUAGUUGAUGAUCUGUUCGAUUGCAAAUCUUUGUUGUCUAUGUGAAUCAGUUGGUUACAAGCAAGAUAGGGUUUUUAAUUAUUAAUUAAUUCUGGACACAA